AUGCAGAAAAAUAAAUGCGACUUCAAAGUUCCCGACUGCACACGAUGCGUGGAUGCAGGUGUGAGAUGCGUCGGCUUCGACUCCUCAACUGCCUCGACCCUGCCAUAUAGGAGCAUAGCCGAUCACCUGGAAGCUCACAUCACGAGGCUAGAGGGUGCUCAGAGCUCUCCGUCUGUGGGACGAUUUGGCCAACUGUCGCCAGCUGCUUCACAUGUUUCUGAAGCGCAUUCGAAUCACCAGGGUGCCGAGAAGUGCGCGUUUGCUGACAGUCUUGUCAAUCAAGCCAUGGAAGACAUUACUCCUCCUUUUCUCGGUGUAUCCAAAGCAAGGCCCAUCUUGCAGUGUGUUGUCAAAGGAACCCAGCUACCAUCAAGGAAAGGACCGGUUGGCUCCACUGACUUAGACGAGAACCACCCCAGAUCAAUCAUCAAUCCUCCAACCAUCAGUCUGUUUCGUGAUCUGAUCGCGGACGAGAACGGUGCCAAAAUCCUGUUCGAAAACUACCUCGAGCGAGUGAUCACACAGUAUCCAAUAUACCAUCGAACCGAUGUCACUACUGCGUUCAACUCCAUCUAUAAACAGAGGACAACAAAUUCUGCUGAGGAUUCAAUACGUCAGCAAUACAUCGUAUGCAUGAUCAUGGCUAUCUCGUUGAGUACGCACGCCAGGAAGAACGUAGUCAAGGCCAAUCAGCAAGCGUUCCAGCUUGUCCGAUGCGCCAUGCAAUGGAUUCCCAAAGUCGCCACAAACGAUAUUGCUGGUCUGCAGGCUAUCCUCCUUCUCACACAGUACAUCUUUCUCAAUCCCAGUAUGGCGGAUCUGUGGCUCCUGACUGGUCUGAUAAGCCAAUCUGUUAUAGACUUGGGUCUUCAUCAAGAACUACCCUACCAUGCAAAAACUUCCGACUAUGAUCGCGACAUGCGGCGACGUCUAUUUUGGUGUGCGUGGGAGAUGGAGGUCGGCGUAUGCUCUAUCUUCCUAUUCCCUACCAGUCUGCCUGUCAAAGGCAUUCAGGUCAAGUUCCCAUUGGAGAUUGAUGACACGGCGAUCACUCAACACGGGACCGUCCCUGAAGGACGGGUCUCCAAAUUUACCCAGCGAAUUAUCUGCAGCUUCCGACUCAUCGAAGCCGAGUGUGUCUCGGUCAUGUGGCAUGACGAGCCAGUACCGGAAGAUUUCGAUUCUAUAGAAUCGUGGGGACAGAACUGCAUCGACCGCAUACACCAGUGGCAGAAUGAGAUAUACGCUUCGGCACGCGCGAACCAAGAUCCGGGGCUGCAUGCCAGAUGGGAAGAGAUGAUGUUGUACUCCGACAUCGCUGUGCCUUACGUCUACUUCUUGCUCAACCGACCUUCAAAAUGCCUUCCAACACCCACCACAGCGCAGAGGAUGAUAGCGCUGAAACAUGCUGUGCAGAUUGCCGCUGGCUAUUACAGACAGUCAGAGGCCGCUCCCGGCAGGAUCAAAUACGUGUUUCACCCAUGUCAUCACGUCUUCCAUUGCGCUAUCGUCUUCCUUGAGGGGCUGCAGUGUUGCAAACAAGAGGUACUCAUGACAUAUUCCUGGGAGGACGUGGAAGAGUCGAUGAACGUCUUCGCCGAAUGCUUCCGCUCGAUUCGCGAACGAUGGGCUGCUGCAACGCGUUGUCUUGAGGAGUAUGAAAGAUCUCUGGCUCCAGUAAAGAAGGAAUACAUGGAUCUGUACGCCUCGAAAGCAAGCAUCAACGCUUUGGUGGCGCCGCAGGUCGUCAUUCCUGCAACACGUAAAUCCACCGCUCAGGAUAAUUUUAGCCACGCCGCGACCGAGCCUGGAGGCGUACUGUCGCAUUGGAAUCUGUUCAAUCCAACAGCCACAUCAGAACCGAUGGAGCCGCUCAACGCAUACGCGUUUACAACCACGCCACGAGACUGGAACGCCGAGUUCCACUUAUGUCCUAGUAUCGAGCAUAUGCACGAGACGGAAACGCACUAA